AUGACGAACACCGUAAAGCCAGAGUUUACUCUUCGAACCGGUAUCUACCCAGCGAUUAACCCUGACCUUUUUAAUGGUUCCUUGGAAGGUAAAGUCGCGCUGGUGACUGGCUCGGGGAGGGGUAUUGGACGUGAGAUUGCACUAGCUCUUGCAAGCUCCGGUGCGGCUGUUGCCAUUUCCGGGCGAACGAAAAAGGAAGUCGAAGAUACCACGAGCGAUGUGGCGAAGCUUGGACGCAAAUGUAUUGGUGUGAUCGCCGACAUCUGUGUGCGAGAAGAUCUGGACCGUCUGGUUAAAGAGGUAGUUGAAAAACUCGGUGCGAUCGAUAUCCUUAUUUGUAAUGCCGGCACAAACACGUUCAUGCCAUUCCACAUGACGGACCCAGACGAAUGGUGGCGCCAGAUGGAAUUGAUGGUCAAGUCGCCUACCGAGUUAACACGAAUGAUUCUACCUUCAAUGCAAGAGCGCAACUCCGGGGUUAUUAUCUACACCUCAUCCCGCGCCGCAGCAGCCGAUCUGCCCUGGACAGCGGCAUAUGGUUGCGCAAAAACGGGGAUUACACGCUUUGCCGGCGUUUUACAGGCGGAACUCAAUUUAUUGCAGAAGGGUACAUUUGGCUUCCCUUCCAACGGCAUUUCCGUAUUUUCAAUCCAUCCAGGAGAGGUCAAGACCUCUCUUCAUGAAACGGCUUUCCCAGAGAAGACCAAGAAAGAAGCUCCUUAUGUCAUUGAGAUGAUGGCAAAGCUCUCCAAGUUGCAUCCCGACUUUAAGGCAGAGUUAGCCGCUUGGACUUGUGUUUAUCUCUGCUCUGGAAAUGGCAAGGAAUUGGAAGGGCGUCUUGUUGAUUGUACGAGGGAUAUUGAUGAAGUUAAAGCCUAUGUCUCCAGCUUACCCCCGGCAAAAAUUGGCAAUUCCUGUGGUUAA